UCUCAUGGCAUCGAAAUGCUGCUGCUGCCUCUGCUGCUGUUGGCUUUGCUCUGUGCCGAUUGCACUGCCGAUCUCAGAUAUCGCCCCAGUGCCAUACAUCCAGAUUAUCCGGGACAAUGUUACUUUGAAGAGCUGAAGCAGCCCAUACCCAAGUACCAGUCCUACAAGCCCAUCAACCGCGAGGGCCACUGCAAGUCCUUCUUCUGUCGACCGGACUAUGUGCUGGAAAUUGAAUUUUGCGGUCGACACAAUCUGGUGCCAGAGAAGAACUGUAAAAUUGGUUCCGAUAUGAGUCGCAUUUAUCCGCAUUGCUGCCCCAAGUUGAUUUGCCAGAAACCGGAUACGAAUGACAUAAAGCCUUUAAAUUGAUAAACAUAUCAAACGCAUAUCAUAUUUUAUACCUAUGUAUUACAAAUACCUUAAAAUAAACUUUCAGUUUUUCAAUUGGU